AUGGCAGGAGUACCAAAAAAUGCUAAAAAAGGUUCAGCCACUGGAGAAGAUGUAUCCAGAUCUUCUCAACCUGCUCAACGAAUAGCGAGCCUUUCCUCUUCACAAGGGUCUCGUUCUUUUGGAAGUCAAAGUUUGUCCAAGUUUUACCGCCCUAGUGGAGUUCCAAGUGUGCAAAGUUUCAAAGCAAGAAAGAUUCAAUACGAAAAAGCAAGAGAAAAUCGAAGAGCAAAAGUUAAUGCUUCAUAUAAAUAUAUAUUUGAAGUUCUCAGUGCCAGGGUAGGCCUAGACUUACAAGCUGUAGAAGAAAUGAUAUUGGAUGUCCCUUCGUUUGAUGCCUUUGAUUCCUUUUUUGACAAGGGAGGAAGAAAAUCAUUGAAAAUUUUCUAUCAAGAAGGAGAUCCACGAGGAAUAGAGUGUGGUCGGGUAAUUCCAGGUGUUGAAAAAGGAAGUAAAAUUUUGCAAUUUUAUGUGGAGAGGACACCAGACAAGAUAGAAGGACUAUGCUUAUAUUUCAUUCGCUAUAAGAAUGACACAUCCAUAAAUGAAAAAACUAUACAUGAGGAAAUUUCCUUUGGUGUUUUGGAUGCCACUGAUGGAGUCUUGCGUGGUGUUAAAGAUGUAAUAGAAAAAGUUUUUCUCCCUGCUAUCCUUGCAACAAGUAAUUGGGGUAAUUUAGGUCAAUCCAAAGAGGAUACAAAAGAUAAACAGAAUUUUGUGGAAACAAUUAAGAAAUACAUUUCAUUUUUAGGAGGUGCUGCAGCAUGCAUUGAAGGAACAGUUGAAUUGAAAAAAAUAGAUUACAUUAACUUUUCUGAACUCGAGACCUUUGAUAAAAUAACUGCAGCUGCUGACAAUUAUGACACAGUUCACCAGCUAGAGGAAGUACUUAUGAUAUGGUGUAGACAAAUUGAACAUGUUCUGAUUGAGAGCAAACAGUUAAGGAGAGAAGCUAAGGAUUCAGGUCCUUUGAUGGAACUGGAGAACUGGAAAUACACAUCUGCUAAAUUGAACUUUAUUAUCGAACAGGUCAAAGGACAAAACUGUAAAGCUGUUAUUAAUGUUCUGAAGGUGGCACACUCUAAAAUACUAAAGACAUGGCAAGAAUUAGAUGGCAAAAUCACAGAUGCAGCAAAUGAAUCAAAGGAUAAUGUGAAAUACCUAGGCACACUUGAAAAAGUUUGUCAGCCACUUUAUACAACUGAUGUUGUAUUAAUGACACAGGGAAUACCAAACUUGAUAAAGGCUGUACAAAUGGUUCACCGUGUUUCAAAAUACUACAAUACUUCUGAGAGAAUUACAUCAUUGCUUAUAAAGGUUACAAACCAAAUGGUCACAACAUGUAAAGCAUACAUUACAGAUGCUGGCUUGAAUCGAGUCUGGGAUCAGGAGACUCCAGUAGUCAUUGGAAAAAUCCAUGAAUGCAUAUGUCUGUUGAAAGAAUAUCAGAGAUGCUUCCAUGAAGCUAAGCAAGAGACUUCAGAAAAUCUAGGAGAAAAGGCAUUGGAAGUAUCAGAAAUGUACAUUUUUGGAAAAUCUGAAGCUUUUUGUAGGAGGUUAGAAAAAAUAAUGAAGAUGAUAGCUGUAGAACAGAAUUUUAAUGCUCUGACUCUGUGUGCAGUUGAAGGUAUAGAUCUUAUGGCAGUAAAAUUCAAAAAUAUCUACCACAUUUUUCAAAAGAAACCAUAUGACACUCUUGAUCCACAAGUAACAGAAUUUGAUGUGGAUUUUGUGAAAUUCAUGUCAGAAGUUGAACGUUUAGAGACACAGCUACAGACUUUUAUGCGUACCUGUUUUCGGAAAAUUUUGUCUUCACAGAAUUCCCUUCAGUUACUUCAAAGGUUUCAAAAUCUGAAUAUGCCAUGCCUUCAAGAAGAAACAGCACAUAUAGUUAGUUGUAUUCUUCAACAUUAUGUAGCAGAACUUGAAACCACUAAAAAGCUUUACCAAACUCAGAAAGAUGACCCUCCUCUUGCUCGAAACAUGCCACCUAUUACAGGAAAGAUACUGUGGGUGAGACAGCUAUUCAGAAGGGUAAAUGAACCAAUCAGCUAUUUCCACAAACAUUCAGAUAUCUUGGCAAGUCCAGAAGGUAAAGCAGUUGUUCAAUCAUACAACAAACUUGCAUAUGUAUUGGUGGAGUUUGAGGUAGUCUAUCAUAACGCGUGGAUGAAGGAAAUUUCGCAAUUACAAUAUCCCUUACAGUCCACAAUAUUUGUGCGUCAUCCUACAACUGAGAAGCUCCUGGUUAAUUUUGAUGGCCAAAUUCUAGAGAUUGUGCGGGAGACGAAAUGUAUGAUAAAGUUGGGUCUGGAAGUACCAGAGCAGGCAGUCAAGAUAGCAGUAAUGGAAGAUAAAUUGAAGUCAAACAAGUUGCAGUUAGAGAGUCUUGUCCAGUCUUUUGAAGAUUUGCAUAAAGGAACACCAAACAUGUUUGUAAAUCUGCUGACACCAAAAAUGGAAAAGAUGGAAGGUGUGUUGAGGCAAGGACUUACCAUGUUGACUUGGUCAUCUGUCACACUGGAAACUUUCUUUCAAGAAGCUGAUCAAGUUCUGCAUAUUUUUAGACAGCUUUUGAGAAGGGUUAAUAUUAUAAGUGACGUGCGGAUUGGUUUAAUAUUAAAAGAAAUAUCAAAUACUUCUUUAGUGAGCUUGCCAGUAGAUGGUCCUAUCAAAAUAGAGGAUCUAUUGACUGACAAUGAGGCUUAUACUAAAGAAUGUGCUGAGUUACUGAACAUAAAAAGCAUGCACAUUGAAGAUGCUGUUCAAGAUUUAAUAGAUCUAUUUGAAAAGAAUUAUGAAUUUCCAUCUCCUAAGCCUUCAGAAUCACAAGGAAAAGAAAAACAUAUAGCAUUUGAAGGUAAAGAGAGGGAGAAAGAAAAAACUCCUGCUGAAGGAUCUCAAAGUGAUGAUAGCAAGGGCAGUGAUAAAGAAGAAGAGUUUAAAAAGAACUGUAAAGACUUACUUGCCUAUUUCAGUCGCCGGCUGCUAAUCAGCCUCCAGAAAGCAACCCGACUGUCUUUGGAUCGUAUUAAAAGAAGAAUGAGUGUUCCAAUGUAAGUUGCAAAUGAAAGCAAAUCUGAGGACAUCACGCCUUUUCUAAAAGCAGAAAUACACCUUGAUAUUCCCAACCUGGUAAUUGUUCCCAGUUUAGAUGAUAUACAGCACGCCAUCAAUCGCAUGAUUCAGUUAACAUUGGAAGUAAGUCGUGGAGUUGCUCAGUGGGGACAGAGACAUUUGCAAAAGUCUAUUUUAAAAACAGAACCAAACACACAGCAAGCAGCUUCUUCAGGCUUUGGAUCACAAGGAAAAAAAGUCAAAAAAGGGGAAAAAGGAACUGAUGAUACGGUUGUCAGAAAGCUAAAAAAUUUUUAUGCAGGUGUUGCAGAAAAUGAAGCUAUUACUAAAAUAAUUGUGCUUCUCUCUUCUGCUGGGAAUUCUCUAAAAGAAGGAGUUAGUGAAGCUCUGCAAGAGUUUGAUAGAUAUAAGGUGCUGUGGACAGAAGAUAAAGAUACCAAAUUUCAGGAAUUUUUUGCUACUGAUCCCUCUCUGUCUGAAAUUAAAGAAGAAAUAGUUCACUACGAUAUGUUUGAGCAAGAGAUGAAAAAUUUAAAACCCGUUAUUCUUCUUGGUCCAGUUGAAUUGCACACAGGACCACUGAAAAAAGCUUUAGCAAUUGAAGCUAGUUCCUGGAAGAUGGUCCUCUGUCAUUAUUUAAAUGAAGAAUAUAAAACAAAAUUGCUAAACCUGGUGUCAUUCAUAAAUGAACACCUGAACAAAUUGUCUCGACCUCUGUCUGACUUAGAUGAUGUCAGAUUAGCAAUGGAAGCUUUAUCUGCCAUUCAAGAAAAGAGAUCAGAUAUAGAUAUGUCUAUGGGACCUAUUGAGGAAGCCUACGGCAUUUUAAAUGCAUUUAAAGUGGAAAUUACGAAAGAGGAAUCAGAAGGCGUUGAUUCAAUGAGAUAUGCUUUUAAUAAAUUAAAUAACCAAGCUACUGCAGUUCAAGAUGAGUUGGUUGAAGUUCAGCCCAAAUUUAAGAGUGAUUUGCUAGAAGCAGUUGCAGCUUUUCAGGAGGAUGUAUCACACUUUGAAACAGCAUAUGAAACGGAAGGGCCUAUGGUUCCAAGCAUUCCACCUCAGGAAGCCAGUAAGAGGCUGCAGAUCUUUCAGGCUAACUUUGAUGAGCUGUGGAGAAAGUUUAUCACGUACUCAUCUGGUGAACGGUUGUUUGGAUUACCUGUCACAGAGUAUGACAUUUUGCAUAAAGUCAGGAAGGAGUUAAGCUUGCUUCAGAAAUUGUAUGGAUUAUAUGAUACUGUAAUAAGCACUAUCAAUGGUUACUAUGACAUACUUUGGACAGAGAUAGAUAUUGAAAAAAUCAGUACUGAACUUACGGAUUUUCAAACCAGGUGCCGUAGACUACCUAAAGGCCUCCACCACUGGCAAGCAUUUUCAGAUCUCAAGAAAAGAAUUGAGGAUUUUAUUGAGUGUUGUUCUUUGCUGGAAAUGAUGUCUGACAAAGCAAUGAAGCAAAGACACUGGGAUCGUAUUUCUGAAACAACAGGACAUCUAUUUGAUGUAGAAUCUGAGACCUUUUGCCUUCGAAACAUCAUGGAAGCACCAAUUCUUAAAAAUAAAGAAGAUAUUGAGGAUAUAUGCAUUUCUGCUAUGAAGGAAAAGGAUAUAGAAGCCAAACUGUCUCAAGUAGCUGAAACCUGGGGAGCCCAAAGUCUGAGCUUUGCACAGUUCAAAUCAAGAGGAGAGUUACUGUUAAAGGGAAUUGAAUCAGCAGAAAUUAUGAUAUUGAUGGAGGACAGUUUAAUGGUUCUGGAUUCUCUACUGUCCAAUAGAUACAAUACGGCAUUUAAAAAGCAAAUUCAGAGCUGGGUUUAUAAACUAAGCAACUCUUCACACAUAAUUGAAGAAUGGCUGGUUGUGCAGAACCUAUGGAUUUAUCUUGAAGCUGUUUUUGUAGCAGGAGAUAUUGCAAAAGAGUUACCCCAGGAAGCAAAGCGUUUUCAGAAUAUUGACAAAUCAUGGGUAAAAAUAAUGCAACGAGCUCAUGAAAAUGCAAAUGUAGUUGCCUGCUGUGUUGGAGAUGAUACUAUGGAGCAACUUCUUCCUCAUUUACAUGAACAGUUGGAAGUAUGUCAGAAAUCACUUACAGGUUAUUUAGAGAAGAAAAGACUGCUGUUUCCAAGAUUCUUUUUUAUUUCUGAUCCUGCACUUGUUGAAAUUCUUGGACAAGCAAGUGAUUCUCAUACAAUCCAGCCACAUCUGACUUCCAUAUCUGACAACAUAAAUGAAGUAGAGUUUCACCCAAAGGAUUAUGAUCGCAUACUGGCAGUCAUAUCAAGAGAAGGAGAAAAAAUUCCAUUGGACACUCCAGUGAUUGCAAAAGGACCAGUAGAAAUUUGGCUGAAGAUUUUAUUGCAAAUGCAGCAGAAGUCAUUGCAUGGCAUAAUUAGGGCAGCAUUUUACCAAAUUAGUGACCCAGGAUAUCAGUUGUUGAAUUUUCUUAAUCAAUUCCCAGCACAGGUUGGAUUACUGGGAAUUCAAAUACUGUGGACACGUGAUGGAGAAGAAGCUCUACGCACUGCUAAGGAUGACAAAAAAAUCAUGGAUGUCACCAAUGCUAGAUUUCUGGAUAUUCUGAAUACAUUGAUUGGCCAGACCACACAGGAUCUUUCCAAGUUUGAGAGAGUGAAAUUUGAAACACUUAUUACCAUUCAUGUGCAUCAGCGUGAUAUUUUUGAUGAUUUGGUAAAAAUGAACAUCAAAACACCAACUGAUUUUGAGUGGUUAAAGCAGUCUAGAUUCUACUAUAAAGAGGAUUAUGAUCACGUCAUCGUAGCAAUUACAGAUGUUGAUUUUAUUUACCAAAAUGAAUUUCUGGGUUGCACUGAUCGUCUGGUUAUAACACCUCUUACAGACAGGUGCUAUAUAACUUUAGCACAAGCUUUGGGAAUGAACAUGGGAGGAGCUCCAGCAGGACCAGCUGGAACUGGUAAAACAGAAACAACGAAAGACAUGGGAAAGGCUCUGGGAAAAUACGUAGUAGUCUUUAAUUGCUCUGAUCAAAUGGACUUCAGAGGUUUGGGCAGGAUUUUCAAAGGUCUUGCACAGUCUGGAUCUUGGGGAUGUUUUGAUGAAUUCAAUAGAAUCGAGUUGCCUGUCUUGUCAGUAGCCGCGCAACAAAUCUAUAUUAUUUUAACAGCAAGAAAAGAAAAAAAAAAACAGUUCAUUUUUUCUGAUGGAGACUGUGUAGAUUUAAAUCCAGAGUUUGGAAUUUUCCUAACUAUGAAUCCUGGAUAUGCUGGGCGUCAAGAGCUACCAGAAAACCUCAAAAUUCAGUUUAGAACUGUUGCAAUGAUGGUUCCAGAUAGACAGAUAAUUAUAAGGGUUAAACUUGCAAGUUACGGAUUUAUUGAUAAUGUGGUCUUGGCUAAGAAAUUCUUUGUUCUUUAUAAACUUUGUGAGGAGCAGCUCACUAAGCAGGUCCAUUAUGACUUUGGUCUGAGGAAUAUCCUUUCAGUACUGAGGACUCUUGGAGCUCAAAAGAGAGCCAGGCCAACUGAAGGUGAAUUAAGUAUUGUCAUGAGAGGGUUAAGAGAUAUGAAUCUUUCUAAACUGAUAGAUGAAGAUGAGCCUUUGUUUCUCAGUCUUAUCAAUGAUCUUUUCCCGGGGUUGCAGUUGGACAGCAGUACCUAUGAUGAGCUUCAGGCUGCAGUAGCUCAUCAGGUUGAAGAGGCAGGAUUGGUUAACCAUCCACCAUGGAAUCUUAAGCUUGUUCAGUUAUAUGAAACUAAUCUGGUACGUCAUGGAUUGAUGACACUUGGACCUAGUGGGUCUGGCAAAACGAUGGUCAUAACAGUAUUAAUGAAAGCACUCACAGAAUGUGGCCAACCUCAUAAGGAAAUGCGCAUGAACCCCAAAGCUAUUACUGCUCCUCAAAUGUUUGGAAAACUAGAUGCUGCAACUAAUGACUGGACAGAUGGAAUCUUUUCUACUCUGUGGAGGAAAACACUGAAAACCAAAAAGGGUGAAAAUGUGUUUCUGGUUUUAGAUGGUCCUGUAGAUGCAAUCUGGAUUGAGAAUUUAAAUUCAGUUUUGGAUGAUAACAAGACCCUCACUCUUGCAAAUGGAGAUCGAAUUCCUAUGUCUCCUUCAUGUAAACUGUUAUUUGAGGUCCACAACAUUGAGAAUGCCUCUCCAGCAACAGUUUCUCGAAUGGGUAUGGUCUUCAUCAGUUCUUCUGUCCUCAGCUGGAGACCAAUAUUGCAGGCAUGGCUGAAAAAACGUACUUCUCAAGAAGCUGAACUUUUGCAAAGUUUAUAUGACAGAAUCUUUGAACCAGCAUAUACAUAUAUGAAACUAAACCUUAACCCCAAAAUGGAGCUUCUGGAAUGUAACUACAUUAUGCAGUCCAUUAAUCUUCUGGAGGGCUUGAUUCCAUUGAAGGAAGAACGUGGUGUAUCAGCUACAAAUCUUCUGCAUAAAUUGUUCAACUUUGCAAUAAUGUGGAGUUUAGGUGCCCUUCUGGAGCUGGACAGUCGAGAUAAACUUGAAGCCUUCAUUAGAGCUCAUGAUAAUAAAUUAGACUUACCGAAAAUCCCUCGUGGCAGCAAUCAAACGAUGUAUGAGUUUUAUGUUAGUGAUCGUGGUGCCUGGGAGCACUGGAGUAAAAGAGUUCAGGAAUUUGUUUAUCCAACAGAUCAUGUCCCAGACUAUGCAUCUAUUCUGGUUCCAAAUGUUGAUAAUACCAGAACUCAGUUUUUGAUAAACACAAUUGCAAAGCAAAAGAAAGCUGUUUUGCUCAUAGGAGAACAGGGGACUGCAAAGACAGUCAUGAUUAAGGGAUAUAUGAAGAGAUAUGACCCAGAAGAGCAUUUGUCAAAAAGUCUAAACUUUUCAUCUGCCACAGAACCAUUUAUGUUUCAGAGGACAAUAGAGAGUUAUGUGGACAAACGUGUUGGAAGUACUUAUGGACCUCCUGGGGGCAGAAAGAUGACUAUUUUUAUUGAUGAUAUCAAUAUGCCAUUUAUCAAUGAAUGGGGAGAUCAGAUAACAAAUGAAAUUGUCCGUCAGAUGAUGGAAAUGAGAGGAAUGUACAGCUUGGAUAAACCUGGAGACUUCCUUACAAUUGUAGAUGUACAAAUAAUAGCAGCAAUGAUACAUCCUGGAGGAGGCCGUAACGAUAUUCCCCAGCGUUUAAAAAGACAGUUUUGUGUAUUCAAUUGUACAUUGCCGUCCAACACAUCCAUCGACAAAAUUUUUGGUAUUAUUGCCACUGGAUACUUUCAUCCCUGUAGAGAAUUCAACCCUGAAGUAUGUAAUAUGGUGGAAAAAUUGGUCUCAACAGGAAGAAUAUUGUGGCAACAGACAAAGGCAAAGAUGUUACCCACACCAUCUAAAUUCCACUAUAUCUUCAACCUUCGAGAUCUUUCUAGAAUUUGGCAAGGAAUGUUAACUAUAAAGGCAGAAGAAUGCAACACCAGCACUGUUAUCUUAAGACUUUUUAAACAUGAAUGUACCAGAGUAAUUGCUGACAGGUUUAAUACACCUGAAGAUACAGUCUGGUUUGAACAAACUAUUGAUAAAACAAUUGAGGAAUAUGUGGAGGCAGAUUUAAGCGAAGUUCUCCAAGCUGAACCAUAUUUUGUAGAUUUUUUACGGGAUGAGCCUGAGGCAACUGGUGAAGAAGCAGAAGAUGUUGAGCUUCAGGCACCAAAAAUUUAUGAGGAGAUUCCAAGCUAUGAAUUCCUUUGUAACAAGUUGCGGGCAUAUCAGUCACAAUACAAUGAAAAUAUUAGAGGGUCGUUUCUUGAUUUGGUGUUUUUUAAGGAUGCAAUGACACAUCUUAUUAAGGUUUCCCGAAUUAUUCGGACAGCAUAUGGAAAUGCUUUACUUGUUGGAGUUGGUGGUUCUGGAAAACAAAGCCUUUCAAAGUUAGCCUCCUUCAUUGCUGGCUAUAAAAUAUUUCAGAUCACUUUAACCAGAUCCUAUAAUGUAACCAAUCUGUCAGAAGAUUUGAAAGUAUUGUAUAGAACAGCUGGACAGGAAGGACAAGGUAUCACCUUUAUUUUCACUGAUAAUGAGAUAAAAGAGGAAUCCUUUUUGGAAUAUGUAAAUAAUCUGCUGUCAUCAGGAGAGAUUUCUAGUUUAUUUGCUCGGGAUGAAUUGGAUGAAAUCACCCAAGCAUUAAUACCUGUGAUGAAAAAAGAGCUGCCUCGGCAUCCUCCUACCUUUGACAAUCUUUAUGAGUACUUUUUAAGUCGGGCAAAGAAGAACUUGCAUGUUGUCCUCUGCUUUUCUCCAGUUGGUGAGAAGUUCCGUGCACGUUCUUUGAAAUUUCCUGGUCUGAUAUCAGGGUGCACCAUGGAUUGGUUCAGUCGAUGGCCCAGGGAAGCUCUUGUAGCUGUGUCCAACUAUUUUCUUUCAGAAUUUAAUAUGGUCUGUGCUCCAUCAGUUAAAACAGAAAUAGUACAAACCAUGGGUCUCUUUCAUGAUAUUGUUUCAGAAAGCUGUGAGAAUUAUUUCCAAAGGUAUCGAAGACGAGCUUACGUAACACCUAAAUCCUACCUCUCUUUCAUCAAUGGCUACAAAGAGGUUUACACUGAGAAGUUAGAUAGCAUUAAUGAACAGGCUGAACGUAUGCAAACUGGUCUGUCCAAGCUGAUGGAAGCCAGUGAAUCUGUUGCUAAACUCUCUAAGGACUUGGCUAUUAAGGAGAAGGAGCUGGCUGUGACAUCUAUUAAGGCAGAUAAAGUACUAGAAGAAGUCAAAGAAAGUGCUGAAGCUGCAACUAAAAUAAAACUUGAAGUCCAGGGUGUGAAAGAUAAAGCACAAAAGAUUGUGGAUGCAAUUGAUAUAGAAAAACAGGAAGCAGAGAAAAAACUGGAGGCAGCUAAACCAGCACUAGAAGAAGCAGAAGAAGCUCUGAAAACCAUCAGACCAGAGGAUAUCGCUACUGUUAGAAAACUCGCAAAACCUCCUCACCUCAUUAUGAGGAUCAUGGACUGUUGUCUGCUCCUAUUUCAAAAGAGACUGGAUCAAGUUACCAUGGAUCCAGAAAAGCCUUGCUGCAAGCCAUCAUGGGGAGAAUCAUUAAAACUUAUGAGUGGCCCAUUCUUGAACAACCUACGGAACUUUGCUAGGGAUACAAUCAAUGAUGAGACAGUAGAAUUAGUCCAGCCUUAUUUUGAAAUGGAAGACUAUACACUGCAACAUGGUAAAAAGGUGUGUGGCAACGUGGCAGGACUCCUCUCUUGGACACAAGCCAUGGUGGUAUUUUAUGGUGUUAACAGAGAAGUCUUGCCUCUUAAGGCUAACCUGGCAAAACAAGAAGGUCGCCUGAAAAUAGCGAAUGCAGAAAAAGAUAAGGCUCAGGCAGAGUUAGAUGAAAAGCAAGCUGAACUGGAUAAAGUGCAGGCAAAGUUUGAUGCAGCAAUGAAGGAGAAAAUGGACUUAGAGAAUGAUGCAGAAACAUGCAAAAGAAAAAUGCAAGCAGCCUCUGCUCUUAUAGAUGGACUCAGUGGAGAGAAAGUUAGGUGGACUCAGCAAAGCAAGGAAUUUAAAUCUCAGAUUAAAAGACUUGUGGGAGAUAUAUUGCUCUGCACAGGCUUUCUUUCCUACUGUGGACCUUUUAAUCAAGACUUCAGGAACCUUUUGCUUAAAGACUUAUGGGAAACAGAGUUGAGAGCUCAUAAAAUCCCCUUUUCUGAUGAUUUGAACCUGAUUUCUAUGUUGGUAGAUCAACCAACAAUCAGUGAGUGGAAUCUUCAAGGAUUGCCUGGAGAUCACCUCUCAAUUCAGAAUGGUAUCAUUGUCACUAAGGCAUCAAGAUACCCACUCUUGGUAGACCCGCAAACUCAAGGAAAAGCAUGGGUUAAAAAUAAAGAACAGGAUAAUGAAUUACAGGUAACAACUCUGAAUGACAAGUAUUUCCGACAACACCUAGAAGACAGUCUUUCACUGGGACGAUCACUCCUGAUUGAAGAUAUAGAGGAAGAGUUGGAUCCAGUCCUUGAUAAUAUAUUAGAAAAGAAUUUCAUAAAAUCUGGAUCUGCUUUUAAGGUGAAAGUUGGUGAUAAGGAAGUAGAUGUUAUGAAUUCAUUUAGAUUGUACAUUACUACAAAGCUACCUAAUCCUGCUUUCACACCUGAAAUUAAUGCAAAAACAUCAAUUAUUGAUUUUACUGUUACAAUGAAAGGACUUGAGAAUCAGUUACUGAGAAGAGUAAUACUCACUGAAAAACAGGAACUAGAGGCAGAACGAAUUAAACUCAUGGAAGAUGUAACUUCUAAUAAGAGGAAGAUGAAAGAACUGGAAGACAAUCUUCUUUACAAACUAAGUGCAACCAAAGGUUCACUGGUGGAUGAUGAAUCCUUAAUUGGUGUCCUGCAAAUAACUAAACAAACAGCUGCUGAAAUAGCUGUGAAGUUGUCUGUGGCAGCAGAAACUGAAGUGAAGAUUAACACUGCUCAGGAGGAAUAUCGACCUGUUGCUACACGUGGAAGCAUUCUUUAUUUCCUUCUUACAGCAAUGAGCAUGGUCAAUAAUAUGUAUCAAACUUCACUGGCUCAGUUCUUGAAGCUAUUUGAUCAAUCCAUAGCCAAGUCUAAGAAGUCUCCCGUGGCUCAGAAAAGAAUCUCAAAUAUUAUUGAGCAUCUUACCUUUGAAAUUCACUCAUAUUCUGUUAGAGGCUUGUAUGAAAACCACAAAUUCCUCUUUACCCUCCUUCUGGCUUUAAAAAUUGAUAUUGAGAGAGGGUAUGUGGAAAACAGAGAGUUCCAAACUCUCAUUAGAGGAGGCGCAGCUUUGGAUCUACAGGCUUGCCCACCCAAACCAUGUCGCUGGAUUCUUGACAUGGUAUGGCUGAAUCUAGUAGAGUUGAACAAACUUCCACAGUUUGAAGAAAUUUUGGACCAGAUAGCUGAAAAUGAUAAGGUGUGGAAAAGCUGGUUUGAUAAAGAUGCCCCUGAGGAAGAAAUUAUGCCUGAUGGAUACAGUGAUUCACUUGACACCUUUCGCAAGCUUUUACUCAUCAGGUCUUGGUGUCCAGACCGAACACUUUCCCAAGCCAGGAAAUAUAUUGCAAGCUCCUUGGAUGAGAAAUAUACAGAGCCAGUUAUUUUGAAUUUAAGAAAAACUUGGGAAGAAAGUGACAUGCGAACACCUCUCAUCUGUUUCUUGUCUAUGGGAUCAGACCCAACUGAUCAGAUUAAUUCCUUGUCUAGGAAGCUUAAUUUGGAAUGUAGGACGAUCUCAAUGGGCCAAGGACAAGAGGUUCAUGCACGCAAACUCAUGGAGGUAUCAAUGGAACAGGGAGGCUGGGUGUUACUUCAGAAUUGUCACCUUGGGCUGGAUUUCAUGGAUGAAUUACUGGAGACAAUUCUUACUGCUGAGAUCCAGAAUGACACAUUUCGAGUUUGGAUAACUACUGAACAACAUCCUAAAUUCCCAAUUACACUGCUACAGAUUGCUAUAAAGUUCACAAAUGAACCUCCACAAGGCAUACGUGCUGGACUGAAAAGAACAUUUUCUGGAAUUAGUCAGGAUCUGUUAAAUGUUAGCAACCUGCCAAUGUGGAAACCUUUGCUUUACACUGUAGCUUUCCUGCAUUCUACUGUUCAGGAGCGACGCAAGUUUGGACCUUUGGGUUGGAAUAUUCCCUAUGAAUUUAACUCAGCAGACUUUACAGCCAGUGUUCAGUUCAUACAAAAUCACUUAAAAAAAAUUGACAUCAAGAAGGGGAUAUCAUGGAACACAGUACGCUACAUGAUUGGAGAAGUACAGUAUGGAGGCCGAGUCACAGAUGACUAUGAUAAGCGUCUUCUUAAUUGCUUUGCAAGGGUAUGGUUUAAUGAAAGUAUGUUUGACAGUGCCUUUUGCUUUUAUACUGGGUAUAAAAUUCCAGUUUGCAAAACACUGGAACAGUACUUUGACUACAUCCAGUUACUCCCUGCCAUGGACAGUCCAGAGGUGUUUGGUCUCCAUCCCAAUGCUGAUAUUACAUACCAGAAAAAUACAUCAGCUGAUGUUUUGGAUACUAUUACCAACAUUCAGCCUAAAGAAAGUGGGGGAGGAUCUGGAGAAACUCGUGAAUCAGUUGUUUAUCGCUCAGCUGAAGACAUGCUAGAGAAACUUCCUCCAGAUUACAUACCUCAUGAGGUAAAGGCUCGUUUAGUUAAAAUGGGAGCACUUAACUCUAUGAAUAUUUUUCUUCGUCAAGAAAUUGACCGCAUGCAGAAGGUGAUCACAGUUGUCCGCACCAGCUUGAUUGAUCUGAAACUAGCCAUAGAAGGAACUAUUGUUAUGAGUGAGAAUUUAAGAGAUGCACUUGAUAACAUGUAUGAUGCUCGAAUCCCUCAAGUAUGGAGAAGAGUAUCUUGGGAGUCUUCCACACUUGGCUUCUGGUUUACUGAACUUUUGGAUAGAAAUGCUCAAUUAUCUACUUGGAUAUUUCAAGGAAGACCAAAGGUAUUUUGGAUAACUGGAUUCUUUAAUCCACAAGGAUUCCUGACAGCAAUGAAACAAGAAGCAACUCGAGCACAUAAAGACUGGGCUUUAGAUAAAGUUGCAGUACAUAAUGACGUGCUAAAGCAAACCAGAGAAGAAAUCACAUCAUCUCCUUCAGAAGGAGUAUAUAUCUAUGGGCUCUACUUGGAAGGUGCAGGCUGGGACAAACGAAGAAGCAUACUCAUUGAGUCUACACCAAAGAUUCUUUUUGUCCAGCUGCCUGUGCUCCAUAUGUAUGCUGUUGAUUCCACCAGACCUAGGGAUCCCAAGCUCUAUGUUUGUCCUCUUUACAAAAAGCCCAUGAGGACAGAUUUGAACUUUAUUACAGAGGUAUUUUUAAAAACAGUAAAGUCUCCAGACCACUGGAUCCUGAGAGGAGUGGCCCUUCUCUGUGACAUCAAGUAA